GGUGCAAAAAGCUGUCUGACACGCAAGAUGAGACAGUCUUUCUAUCUCGGUUCCUCACAGCUCACCCUCCUCAUCCUGGCCCUCCUCUGCCCAAAAUCAGCCACAACGUACCCCCAGUCCUCCACAGUGGACCGGCAUGAGCUGGAAUCCACCCUGAAUGACCUCCAGGCUGCCCUGCAGAACCCCAGAGAUCCUAAACCUUUGUUACAUUGGCCUCAAGACCUCCUACAAGCUCUACUGGGGUCUGAGGAAGAGGAGGAUUUAAAGCCCUGGGCAGAGGAGACACUGCUGAGGGCCCAGAGAGGAGACUCCUCGGAUCUGCCACUGGCACACUUCCCAAGGGAAAACUCUCUGGAAAACAUGCACUUUCAAGAGGGAGGAGAAGGAGAGGAGGGGAGGAAGAGAAAUGAUGCUCUGACCUCAAUAGCCGGAGGACUCCAAGCUGUCAGCCGCGAGAAAGGAGGAUUUGGUUUCCGAUUCGGAAAGAAAAGAUGGACAGAAAAAAGAAAAAAUGGCCAAAGGGGCCAAAACAAGGAGGAGUACAAGUGAAAGCAACAAGAGGAGCUUCAACUGGGAUGAAAGAGACUGAUGUAAAAAAAAAAAAAGUAUGAAACUUGAUGAUUUAUUUGGAAGAAUGGUGACGCAGUUCUUUUCGUUUUUCUUUACUGUUGGAAUAAAUG